CGUAUCAAAAUAUCAUUGAUAUUUUUUUAGCCAAAAUUAGCGCUCCACCGUUACCUACGUACACGGCUUAUUUGAUGCGACACCUGGUAAAAUACAUCUGGUGAUUUUUAACCGUUGAUCUACACAUAAUCAUACACACAUUCAUGUGUGUGUGUGAUAGUUUUCAUAAUGUUGUCUACUUGCAAAGAUACGAGACACUAAUGAGAUCAGAGUAUUAUCUCAAACCGAGGUAAUUAACUACGAUUUGAGUUCGCUAAAAGCUUCUUUGAUCUUGAUUUGUCAAAUCAAACUUGAACAAGUAUUUUCAAUUCGAAAAUCUAUGAAGCUCGACUCUAGCCUGAUUUUAAAAAAAUGGUAGAGUUUACACAAAAAAUAAUUAAGCUACACGAGCUCGGCUCGAUUGCACCACACAAACUUAAUUCGAUAGGUCAUCAAUUGUGUGAUUAAAUCCUUAUUUUACACAUUUUUAUUUUUGGUACCGGUAAAUAUAUAUUUACCACUACAAAAUAAUUUAGAAUUUAACCAUAGUAUACGUAACAAAAGAUUACACUAUAAAAGGAAAGCUGCGAGAUCACUUUCAAUACAACAUAUCCACAUAAACACAUACAAAUGAUAUUUUCCUAGUACUUGCUUCCUUAGCCACAUCACAAAAAAAAAAAAAAAAAAAAAAAAAAAAAAGAAGCCAAAACAAUUGCAAAAUGGAAAACAAAACUAGCAUUUGCAUCGAAUUUUUAUUAUUGCUUGCAACAAUAAUAAUAGUAUUCUUUGCCAAAUGGCUAAACCACUCUAAGAAAAGAAGAAAAACAACAAAACCUCCUCUUCCACCGGGGCCCACGGGCUACCCUAUUAUCGGUUGCUUGCCUGAAAUGACGAAGAAGAAGCCAACUUUCCGAUGGAUACACAAACUCAUGCAAGAAAUGGACACAGAAAUCGCAUGUUUCCGCCUCGGAGGCACCCACGUAAUCCCUGUCACCUCUCCAGAACUUUCCAGAGAGUUCUUGAAGGAGCAUGACCUAAUCUUCGCCUCCCGGCCCCACUGCAUGUCGGCCAGGCUUACAAGCUGCAACUACCUCUCGACGGUCAUUGGUCCCAUCGGAGAUCAAUGGAAGAAAAUGAGAAGAAUUCUCUCCUCGCAUGCUCUUUCAUCGGCCAUGCACACAAAGCUUCACGACAAACGAGACAAGGAAGCCGAUCAUCUCGUUAGAUACGUUUACACACAAUUAUUAUCUCCUCAAAAUAACAACAAAAAUGGGCUCGUGAAUUUGAGGGUCGCGACUCAGCAUUACUGCGGCAACGUGAUUAGGAAAAUGGUGUUUGGUAAGAGGUUUUUCGGGGCGGGAAUGGAGGAUGGCGGGCCCGGAUUGGAGGAGAGAGAGCAUGUUGAUGGGUUGUUCACAAUACUUACAUAUCUAUACGGUUUCGCAAUCGCCGAUUAUGUUCCGUGUUUGGAGGUUUUCGAUUUUGAUGGAUAUAGAAAGAUUCUCGGCGAUGCACUUGAUAAUGUGAGGAAAUAUCAAGAUCGGGAGAUUACGAACAGGGUGGAAAUGUGGCGAAAAGGGAUUAAAAAGACAGAAGACGAUAUUCUUGAUGUUUUUAUUAACCUCAAGGAUUCAAAACACAACCCCUUGCUAUCAGUUCAAGAGAUUCGAGCACAAAUUACUGAAAUAAUGCUAGCUGGAGUGGAUAAUCCAUCAAACGCAGUGGAAUGGGCAAUGGCGGAGAUGAUCAACCAACCACACAUUCUUAACCGAGCCUGUCGAGAAUUGGACAGUGUGGUCGGCAGGGGCAAAAUGGUCCAGGAAUCAGAUUUGCCUAACCUCAACUACGUGAGAGCCUGCGUGAAGGAGUCCUUCCGAUUGCACCCCGUGGCACCAUUCAACGUCCCCCACGUGUCCACGGAGGACGCCGUCGUCGGCGGCUACUUCAUCCCCAGAGGCAGCCACGUCCUCCUCAGCCGCCCCGGCCUGGGGCGGAACCCUAGGGUUUGGGAAAACCCGCUCGAGUAUAAACCCGAGCGGCACAUGGUGUUUGAAUCGGCGCAAGUUGAGCUUGUUGAUCACGAUCUGCGAAUGUUGUCCUUUAGUACCGGGAGACGAGGUUGCCCCGGCGUCACGCUUGGCUCGACCAUGGCGGUGAUGCUUCUGGCUAGGCUCCUACAUGGCUUCGAUUGGAUGGCGCCGCCGGGCGUGCGCAUCGACCUCGUUGAGUCGGAAGGUGUUUUGUUGUUGGCUAAGCCGUUGGUUUUACACGCGACGCCGCGUUUGGAGCCGUCGGUUCUUUUGAAAUAGUCCAAUUUGUGAUGGGCCUGGGCCUUAAUUUUUAGGGGCUUUAAGAUAUGCAUUCCUAGUGGGAAUACUUAUUAGAUGAUACACCCAAGCUUAUAAAAGUAUUAAUCAG